AUGAAAAGCUUUUUAGAUGCUAUACUCUUCAUACAGCUGUCGCACUGGAAUUCAGUGGAAGCCGCCGUUAUCCAGCUGAACUCGCAGAAUAUUGAUAGUGUUUUAGUUAAUUUAUUUUGCAAAUUCUUUAUCACCUAUGGUCUUACAGCUAGUAAUCAAGUUGUCUUUGUAAACUUCUAUGCCGACUGGUGCCGAUUUUCGCAACAGCUAAAACCAAUCUAUAAGGAUGCUAGUGAAAGAUUUCAGAACCAUCCCCCCGGUACUGUUGCUUGGGCCGCAGUCGAUAGUGAUAGACAGCCUAUGAUUGCUCAAAAAUAUAACGUGAAUAAAUACCCGACGCUGAAAUUGUUCAGAAAUGGCGAACUUGUGAAGAGGGAAUACAGGGGACAGCGGUCAGUUGAUGCACUUUCAGCAUUUAUUCAAAAGCAGAUAGAUGGGUCGAUGCAGACUUUCAAUUCAACGAUAGAAUUGGAAUCACGGCUUGAUAAAAAGAGACGUAAUGUAAUUGGAUACUUUAAAACUUCAUCCGGACCCGAAUUCGAAAAUUACCAGAAGAUUGCCUCAUUGCUGAGGGAAGAUUGCAUUUUCUGGCUGGGAUCUGAUGAUGUGGCGGAAUAUACUGCGGGUUUGGCAAAUUAUGACCUUAUGAAGGUGUGGUUAACCGAAAGAUGCAUACCUUUGGUCAGAGAGAUCACCUUUGAAAAUGCAGAAGAACUUACCGAAGAGGGGUUACCUUUCUUAAUUUUGUUUCGUUUGCCUGAUGACUUGGAAAGCGAAAAAUUGUUUACUGAACAAGUCGUCCGGGAAUUGCCCGAUCAAAAGAACUCUAUCAACUGCUUACUGGCUGACGGCAAGAAGUUUGCACAUCCUUUGCAUCAUUUAGGAAAGACCGAGAAAGACCUGCCAUUAAUCGCUAUCGAUUCUUUUCGCCAUAUGUAUCUGUUCCCAGAUAUGAAGCAGCUUAUUGUUCCUGGAAAGUUACGGCAGUUUGUACUGGAUCUGCAUUCAGGAAAGCUGCAUCGGGAAUUUCAUCAUGGUCCUGAUCCAGUGAAGCAAGAUCCUGAAGCAAAAGUAAUUCAAACUGCUACUGAAACGCAGCCUCCUCCAAGUGUAUUUAAACAACUUAAGCCGUCAGAAAGCAGUCCCCUGAGAAGAUGUGCGAGGUCGUUUUUGCAGUUAUUUUGGUUAUCUACUGGUUUGUUAAUCGUUACUUAUUGCAAGGAGAUUAACAAUAAUACUGCUAGCUACUUCAUAAGGCUAAGUGCACAUUUUCAUGCUGGUAAAGCGAAUUAUGUUGCGCAGAAAACGGCUUUUGUUUUAAUCGAGGAAGAAGCUGCGGAAGUUAACCUUCGACAGACCAGACGACCACCUGGUGGUAAGAUUGGCGAGGAUCAAGAUAUGAGUUUUUUGGGGUCAUUAUUGUGUGUGACUUCGGAUUUGUGCUAAAA